AUGUCCAUCGAAAUAUUACCAGCCGAGCUCAUUCUCCUAAUCGUUUCAGCAUUGCCGUCCGAAUCAUCUAUCGCUGCUUUAACCUUGUCAAACCGCUAUCUUCAUGCAAUCUGCAACCCUUACCUUUACCAAAACAAUGUGCGCCACGGCAACAGCUUCGCCUUGGACUGGGCAGCGCAAAAUGGGCAGAUAGAUACACUAAAGAAGGCGCUAGAUGCUGGGGCCCCCCUACAGAAGAAACAGUGGGUCUAUCCAAAGCUCGUUUUCAAAUUUCAGCCGCAUCCCAUCUCGCUCGCGGCGAAAGGGGGUCAUACCAAUAUCAUCCGAUACAUGAUUGAUGCCGGGGUGGACCCUAACAUUAGGGACGCUGAUUGCUUCACGCCAGUGACGGUGGCUGCUCUCGCCGGCCAUGCAUCUGUAGUGAAAUAUUUGCUGGACGUCGGAACCCGCCAGGACGUCCAAACCGAAAUGUAUAUAUGGUUCGCGGCAAUUCACGGGCAUGUCGAUGUGGUUGACAUAAUUUUGUCAGCUCCGAAGCAACUUGGGAGCGAGUGCGACAAAGAAGAACUUAUGAGUGGUGCCUUGUCGGCGGCGAUUCAUUCCAGACGGAUCCCGGUGCUUCGGUUAUUAUUCACGCAUGGGGUGCAAGUAAACGUCCUCUGGGGGGUAGGUAGUCCUCUUUCUAUGGCUACAGCCACCGGAAAUCGUGAUUUGGUCUCGCAACUUCUUGCGUACGGUGCGGAUCCGAAUUUGAUUAUGCAUCGGCGAAAGUCCCCUGCGCCCUUGACGGUCGCAGUGAGGGACGAGCAUGAGGAAAUUGCCCAGAUGUUGGUCCGUAAAACGGAGAGUCUUCACCGAACUAGAGCGUUGGCCUUCGCAGUUGCACAGCAGAACAGACGAAUGGCCGAGAUUCUACUUCGAAGUGGCGCACCCCCUGAAUUUGGUCCAUCUGAGAUACCGGAAUCAGAGAUACUCGAACCCUGGGAAGAUGACGGGGCAUGGGUACAGCCUCUUCUUUUUGCAGUGCAGAUAUGUUGUUUAGAGUUGGUGGAAUUACUCCUGGAUCAUGGGGCAGAUGUAAAUGUGGAGUGUUCCGAACGCCCGAAUGACGGAGUUCGCAGAGUAUAUGACCGUGCCCUGUUCGCAGCGGUGGAGAAGUCCGACGUAGCGAUUGUGGAUUUGCUACUGGAGCGUGGCGCAGAUCCGGAGGUUACUGAUAUGUUCGGACAGCCUCCACUCACGUAUGCUGUUUAUCGCGAUCACGAGGCCAUCAUUCGAUCCCUGUUGGACCACGGGGCGAAUCCUUACCAUGCAGUGGAUCAUAGUGGCAGGAAACUGCUAUCCUUUUGGCAAAUGAAACUCUCGACUUUCUUGCAACUACAAGAGGCAGAGAUCAAAUGGAGCAAGCGGCAUCUGUGUUGA